AUGAUCUCUCCUAAUAUUGGUGGUAUCUUCAAUAUUUCAAAUGUUGAAACAGUAUUAGGAGUGUUUAAUGAUUGGGAUGAGGAUCUUAAUGCUGAAAUUUCCACUACAAUACUACGAUUUGGACAAAAGAAGAUGCCACAACAUAAGAAAAUUGAAUGUAUAACAGUGAAAUAUUACCGUGCUGGUACACCUUAUUUACCACCAGAAGCAAUCGAAGAAAUCAUUCAAUCUAGAGGGAGUAUUAAAAAUGCAUCUAAAACAAUGGCAGAUAAAUAUAAAACGUCAACUCGCCGAGUGUAUGAAAUUUGGAAAAGACAUGCCAAAGGUUUACCAUUACGCAAACAACAGAUGAUAUAUUCCAAAUCGGAUUUACAGAACAAUAAUUCUUUUGAUAUGCAAAUAAAAAAGGAAUUCAAACCCGUUCAUAUUUCUGAACCAAUUCCCAAUAGUGCCCCAUCGUCAAUCAAUUCUAACAACCUUAUAAAAAACAUAUCUAAUAAACUUAAUUCUACUUCAGAUAUUAUCUCCCGACUUAAGCAAGAAGAGAAAAGAAAAGAAAAGAACUUAGCUAAAAAUCGACAUCUAUUAUCUACCAACUAG